CGAAGGUCAAAAGCGGUGGGCGGAGAGGUAUAUAGGAGCCGGCGGCGCCGUCAUUAGCAUCAGUUACGAACAGUUUCCCCUCCCGGCGACGUCGUCUGUGAAGAGAUGAUCCUUCAAGUGUCAAUCGUCCUGGUUUUGGCUUCUUGGGCCUCGUGUGCUCCCGAUGGCUACAACUCUGGUCCGUCCUACCACGCUCCAGCAAAGUACAACUUCAACUACGCCGUCAAAGACGACUACAAAGGCGCGCACUUCGGCCACUCUGAAUACCGCGACGGCUACAACACCAAAGGACACUACUUCGUCGAUCUCCCCGACGGGCGAAGGCAGGACGUCCACUACACCGCUGACGAGUACGGAUACCAUCCCGUGGUCACCUACACGGGAAAGGCCCACCACCCCGCAACCUACGGACACGGAGGCCAAGGGGGAUACGGAGGCCACGGGGGAUACGGAGGGCACGGAGGCUACCACUAGAAGGAUUCCAAAGGACUUUCACCUCGACAAGGAUCUCUGUAGGAUAAUAAAAAAAUAGAAAAAAAAAAUCUUCUUUUCAAAUUUGCGUCUGGCGAUGCUCCUCAUAAUUGUGUAUUUUCUUGCUGUUCCGCCAUUAAGUUAUCAAGUAUGGUAAGAUAUUUCUUAUGACAAUGCAGAAUAAAAGGACCAAAAACAGUGUGUAACAAUUCAGUGAAUAAACGAUAAAGCGUGUUCAA